AUGGACGACCGAGGAUUCAUUCUCGACGGCGAUGCAUGCGCUCAAGAUGUCUAUAGCAAACUCAAUGUCGAAGAGGUACGCACCUUGCUCCUCGCCCCAGGAAAGAGAGGCACUCCCAUUGUUUGUGAGAUGCAGGUAAUUGCCUCUCCGAAAUGUACCCAAUACGAGGCAUUGUCUUAUGUUUGGGGCGAUACCACAAAGACCAAAACCAUCUCAUGUAACGGUUUCGACUUUCCAGUGACGGAAUCUCUAUAUACCGCCUUGGUGCAUUUGCGCUACACGAAUUCGUGGAGAUGCCUUUGGGUUGAUCAACUUUGUAUCAAUCAAGUGGAGGACCACGAGCUGAUGGCCCAGGUCGGUCUGAUGGGCACCAUAUAUUCCCAUGCCUGCCGUGUCAUUGUCUGGCUGGGGAAGUACGAUCAGAAGAUGGCCCUAGCAUGGGAGUUACUUCAAGAGACCACGUUGAGCUCCAGUCUCGUUCGGUCUGAUUUCUUGCAGACAUCAACCGGCCCAGUCACGCCACAGAAGAGAUCCUCCACCCCACGACGUGCGAGCAGGAGCUCGUCCAUAUCAAAGUACUCCCGUCGUGCUUCUAGCUCGAGGGAAAGUCUUUCUUCCUCUACAUCCAGCCUCAAAAGCAUCACUCCUACUCGGCCGAAGAACAAACGGCAAGACACUCCUCCUGCCUUGAAACACGCGCUGUCAAUUUUCCAACACGCUUGGUUCAGUCGGAAAUGGACCUUCCAAGAGAUCAUUCUUGCAAAGGCUGCCAUCAUUUGCUGUGGCAAUCGUGAAAUGGCCUGGAGUGAUCUGACUCUGUGGUAUUUCCACUAUGCAUCGAAACUGAGGAGUUCGAGUUUACUGUAUGAUUCACAUGGUUCCUUCGAGAACAUCAUGAACGUGAGGAAUGAGUUGGGGAAAGGCAGCUUAAAGUUGAGCAAUUUGCUCAUGCUGACAAGGCCAAGGAUGAGCACGAAACCAGAAGAUGCAGUCUAUGCGUUAUUAGGCCUAUUGCCCGAUCUGGCCGAGACUCUCAAGACGCUUUCCAAUCCCGCUGGCGCCGCAAAUGCCACAGCAGCGCAAUGUGACGCCCUUUUCAAUCUUUACUUGGCCGCUGUCAAGUAUUGCCUCGAGAGGGAGAACGAUCUCGCCAUCCUGAGCGCUGCUGGGAAGUACAAAGGCAAUCUCCAAGCAGCGGAUUGGCCUAGCUGGCUGCCGGAUUGGAGGCAGCAGCUUCCACUCCGGCCCAUAGUACUGGUCAAUCCAACAGAUCUCGGUCCGGAACCAGCAUUUGAUGAAGAAAUGUCGGAAAGUACGUCACCGGCGACCGAAGUGGUAGCAAAGGACCAGAAUAUCUACAAGCUGAACGUCUCACCGCUUCACGGGUUUCCGCGACCAACUGCAUAUUCGAUGACUGUCUGGGGGGUCCGCCUCGGAUGCAUAGUCACGCGCCCACUGUCGUGGCCGAGCACCUUCUUCGUCGCGGACACCAUUGCUCGGUCUUGCCUUGGAGGAAGAAACAGCAACGGCGACGCCUCCAGCAGCGAUGGUAGUUUUUCUCAACCUCUUGCUUCGCUUGUUUCGUCACAUCAGAGUUUAUCGCCGCAAACGCAGAAAGCCACCCAUUCAAAGAUAAAUCAGGGGUACGCAGCCAACUUGAUUCAGAGGUCCCUCAAGAACAGUGCGCAAUGCCCUUCCGUCCGUACCUCCGCCAUGAUCGAAACAGGGGACUGGCUUUGCGCUUUCCAUGGUGGUAGAGUACUGUACGCUGUCCGACCGAUUCAAGAAUUGCCACGGCCGUAUUCUGGCGCGGGAAGAAGAAGAUUGCAUGACUCCUCAUCCCAGGCUCGGCCCAUUUUUUCAAAUGGCCAAGAAAGUGAGUCCAUCAGGUGUGUCUUUCUCGGUGAAUGUGCGGUAUAUGGUUUGAACCCUGCUCAGGCAACGGGAGGGCUCAAUAAAAUGGACGAAUUCGAGUUGGUAUGA